UAUUAAGUAAAUAUAUCUUAAGAUUUUCUCUUAAUGGAUCUUACUAAACUUGACAUAAAUUUGAGGUGAAUAUUUACCAUCUUAGGGACUAUAAUGGCCUGAUUCUAAAUGCGCUGUUUCUCGUCCUUUUAAGCCUUGGUUCAGACGGCUUCGGUAGUUGUCGACAUGUUGCCGGAGCCACCGACCGGAAGUACCUCCAACAGUCGUUUUGGUCGUGACGUCGAAGUCAACAGCAUGAAUCUUUCACCCAAGCAGCAGGUGGAGAUGUUAAAGAAGGAGCAGAAGGAAAUGGAAAACACGCAACGCGAAACAGCAGAGUCUAUUGUGACAUCUCUGGACCACGUUGCCGACACCCUGCUGGCAUUGCAGCCUGCGAAUGUAGAGUAUCAGACAAGCUUUAAAACAGAACGUGUUGCCGUGGCUGUGGUGAGAUCACCUGCAAAUGAAGACAUCCAGGUCCACGCAGGUGGAAUCGUCGCAAAUAUUCCGGGCAGAGAGAGUAAAACUCAAACCACCGAUGUGCUGGAUCUAAAGAUGUCAGUUUUCCAGAAGAACCCAUACUCGUGGGCUGAAUCGACAGGAGGACAAAACAUAUCGUCUCCCGUGGCGUUCGUAACCAUGACAGAAAAUAAAGCCGAGAGCAUUACCGAAAAACGACGGCUAAAUCUGGACUUUCCAUUCCUACCCGCGCAACCAAGAGGACAGCCAAACGACCCAACACCACUAAACGGGGCGACAAAACAGCCGGGUGUGGUGGAAGGAAACAGCAAAGUGUCCAACGGAGAAAACAUGACGCACCACGCCUUUGUCGUGCCGGAGGACAAUGUCGUCCCUGUUGUCCAUUUGACCUGGUGGGCCACAGAAGCUACCUUUCACGUGUACUCAGCAUAUGGGUAUCUUCCGACAGCUGAAAAGCAUGCUGAGAAAAGGGUGGUAAGAGUCGACGGGUAUGAGACCUGGCUCAAGGGGACCAACUUUUCGAUCUCCUUCGUUCCAAACACGACUGACCAUGACGCUGCCAACAUCCCAAGCAAGACGCUGCCCAAAGUGAGCCUGAUCCCCCCGGAAAGGAUGCCUGCUCCUCACGUCUAUCAACUCACGGUCAGCACCGGGUCCAUGUUCGGGGCAGGCACCACGUCACGGGUCGCCUUCCAGCUGGGCGGGUCAGAGGGCAAGACUGCAGUCAAGAUGCUGAACCCAGGAGGGGAGGCUUUGGUUCGUGGAAGUACUUUACAUUUUGUCAUGCCUGUGCGAGAGUCACUUGGGGAAGUGAUGACGUUGCACAUCUGGCAUGACAACUCUGGGAAAGGCGACACGUCAUCUUGGUUCCUCGGAAGUUUUGUCGUCAGAGAUGUAGAGAAGGAUGUGGUACAUUACUUCACCUGUAAUGACUGGUUGUCAGAACGCAAAGGUGACGGUGAGGUACAGAAGGUUGUGCACGCCAGCACCGAGAAGGAGUUGUCAUCUUUCUCAAACGUCUUCAACGAAACAACCCGAGACGUGUUCUAUGAUAAACAGCUGUGGGCGUCAGCCAUCGUAGCAGCGCCUGGUUCUAGCUUCACCCAGGCCCAGCGGCUGUCCUGUUGCUUUACUCUCCUGAACACCAUGAUGCUGGCCAGCGCCAUGUGGUCUGGGGCAAAAACCACAACUGCUGGUACAAGAGUGUUCGACCUGGGGUUUGUUCGUUUCACAAUACAGGAGCUGUACACCAGUCUCAUGACUAUCCUGACUGUAUUUCCGGUCAAUCUGGUUGUUGUACAACUAUUCCGCAUGGAGGUGCCACUGACUGUGAGCACACCGGAGAUGGCUAUCGGCACGUCCAAGCAAAGCCAUCUGCAGAAGUCCGUGCGCCGCAUGGCCAGGUACGUGGCGUGGAUGGCCGUGUUCCUGGUGUCCACCUGCUCCGCGUUCUUCGUCAUCCUGUACAGUAUGGACUGGGGCAAGGAGAGGAGUGACGCCUGGAUGAAGGCCUUCAUCCUGUCCUUCAUGGGAUCCAUCAGUGUGGUGGAAACCCUUCAGAUCUUUGUGCUUGGUGUGGUCCUGGCUGCCAUCUUUAGCCUCCCGUACCUCGCCAGGCCGCCGGCUAUCCCGAAAGACGACUUGCAGCUCAACCUGUGGAACACUACAGCACCAAAGAAACUCCUUCGACCUGCAACAGUAAAUCUCAAGUCGGCUAAGAAGAAAAAGGAGCUGAAUAAGAAGUCUGCCUCGACGCUGAUGGAGUUCGUCCUGCUGUUAGCCUUCGUGGCCCUCCUGUUCUACGCCGCACAGAUGGACAAGGACACACUGGCCUUCCACGAGAGGCAGACACUGUCCAGCAGCAUUCUGAACGUGUAUGAUACGAUCAGGACACCUGAUCAGUUGUACUCCUGGCUUGAGGAGGUGCUGUUGCCAACCCUCCACCCAUCAUCCUGGUACAACGGGCGGAAGAUGCGGUACUUAGACCGGCAGUUCGCGCACAACACCGCGGCCUUCCGCAUCGGCCCUGCACACCUGACACAGAUGAGACAACAUCCAGGUACCAUGGCGAAGGAGAAACAUGAUGGCCGAGGCUGGGAUGUUCAACCAGGGAACACCUCUUGUACCAGUUGGCGAUUCCUCUUUCCUGCCCUCUCUAACCACCCCAACUACUCAUCUGACUGCAAGAACAUUCACUCUCUCGACUUCCCUCUUGGCUAUGGCAACGCUAUGUCGUUCAUUAAUGCUUUGAAAGAUUCCGAGUAUUUAGAUAAAUACACAGAGUCCUUUACAAUCGACAUCAACUUCUACAACCCCAAUUUGAAGCUGUUCAGCGUUGUGCACAUGGUCAUAGACCAUUCUGAAAUUGGCAGUCUCAUGCCAGAAGCAAAAACCACGUUGUUUCGAUUGUUUCAAUACGAAAGCGCUAAUGACUACACUAGUCUGUUUCUGCACAUCGUAUUCACACUUCUCUUCUUAGUCAUACACUUCAAGGAGGUUAAGUCAGUGGUAGAUACAGGGUGGGUGUAUUUUACUUCUCCGUGGAAUGCUGUUGGAUGGUUCAGCCUCAUCAGCACGGCAACAACCAUCUCCGUCUUCAUCAAGCGGUACGCCGUGGCUGCUGAUACACUCGCCUUGGUGGCCAGGAGCAAUGGAGAUCUGGGAUUCAAAGACUUUGUGGACCUGACAACCGCUGCUUGGUGGGAUGCUUGUUUCAAACACGUCUUGGGUAUCACCGUCUUCAUCAACACCAUCUCCUUGCUGCGCAUAGUCCGCUUCAGUCAAACAAUCGGCAAACUCCUGGCUCUACCCGGCAUCAUGAAGGAGGAGCUCCUGUCGUUCUUGGUCGUUGCUGUAGUUGCCUUCACGGCCUUCAUCAGCUCCGGGUACCUUGUGUUUGGGAGCCACAUAGAGUCCUACUCAGACCUGUACCAAACAACAUACGCGCUAUUUGAGAUGAUGCUUGGCAGGUUUUUUGCCAAUGAAAUGCUGGAUUCCAACCCCAUUACCGGGCCGAUCUUCUUCUCCACAUUCAUGAUCUGCAUCUUCAUCCUCCUGGUGAACUUCCUCAUGACCAUCAUCUGUGACGCCAUUUCCGCUGGCGUUGACGUCACCCAUGACCGUGAACUUGCCGAUCACGUGUGGAGGAGCUUCAAUGCCAUGUUGGGUUUCCACAGCCCACCAAACAAUCAGGACAAAGCAGGUGCACCGAAGCUGGAAGAGCUGCAAGCUAACCUACGCCUUCUUCAGGAGGGGCUUGAUGAAAGUCUGGACAUCUGUAACUCCCUCCUUCCACGGGACAACCGGAGCCGUGUCAACGUCAGGGCACCAAAUGCCGCCAACACCGAGGCUUCCACAUCAUCGGCACCAUCGUCAGCCACGACCGUCCUUACACCGCCCGCACGCCGCUCUGACACAACCGCCGCCGCCAACAUCGGUAGCGACGUCCCUGAACCAGCACCACAGACACUGGCGACGAUACCGGGCCCCGUGCACACCACCAAGCACAGCAAACCGGCCAUCGUGACUCUCUAUCCCACCUGCGGAUUAUAA